UCGUUUUUUUAUUAGUUACAUUUCCAACGCAGGUGUGCAGAACAUAUAGAAAAUUACUGUAUGUGAUAUUUUUUUAUAUUGCAUGAGGAUGCAAUGGUUGACAUUUAUUUCAGAUCAUCACUAUAUCAGGUUACUAUACCUUUAUUCAACGCAUUUCAUGUGUAACACUAACUAAUAAAACAAAGACCACUUGAGUGGGCCAAGUUGAAACAUCGUGAGGAAAAGCCUGCAUAGCAACUGUAAGUAAAGAUUUUCUAUUGGUGCAUACAUCGAAAUCCAGGGCAGACAUUUUACUUUUCAGGAAGCUUAGUUUCACUUUCAAAUGUUAACGCCGCGUUCCAUGUUAUAUGUAGAAAAACAUGAAACAAAAUACUAAACAAAUCAUGAUAAGGCAAAUUUUCCCCAUUUUCGUUUUCUACAUGUUGCUGGAGACAAUACACGCGAAACAAUCUCCGCCCAAGGUGCGGGUGUACAGCCGUAACCAUGGGGAGUACGGGAAGCACAACGUGCUGAUCUGUCACGUCAGCGUCUUCCACCCGCCCGACAUAAGCAUCCAGCUGCUGAGAAACGGCGUGGAAAUCCCCAGAGCCAAUCAGACAGACCUGGCCUUUGAACAGGGCUGGCAGUUCCACCUGACCAAGAGCGUUUUCUUUAAACCGGAAGCUGAAGAGGAGUAUGCCUGCAGAGUCCGACACCUGAAGAACCUGAAGACAUAUACCUGGGGGGAGGACAGAAUUCACACCUGUGUGAAUACGGAAACGCACAUAACAAUAUAUAAUAAAUUCACUGAUUAUAUAGAAUUCACAUAGUAAUAACCGUAUUAUAACACAAACAUGCUAUGCAACCUAUGUAAUACACAUAAUAGAAAUAGUAAUUAACAUAUAGAUAGAAAAGUCUUAUGGCUGACACAAUUGUUGUGUCACAGUUGAAAGGUCGUCGUGAAAACUAAAUUGUGUGCUACGCGCGGUGUUCAGUGUGGGGCAGUCACUCUGGUCCAGGGCUUUAUGUUAGCUACUGACAAUAGAAGCUACUGACAAUUGUGCCUCAACAACCCUUUUCUGUGUUUCCUCACU